AGAGCAUGCAGGGGAACCGACUCGCAGCAAAGUGAGAGGGAAAGCAGGUUGUUGGUUGUCCGAUUGAGAGGCUUAAAUGGAAUAGAAGUCAGGGUCGGCUUUGGCCUCGGUCUUUGCUUUGGGAUUAUUGGCUGGGCUCUCGGCAAGGAGGCAAAGAUCCGGAACGGGGAAGGUUAUGUAAACGCCUAGACACUUUCUUCCUAAGCCAACCAAGAUGACCAAAACAGAGGAGGUGGCAGAGAGCCAUUCGUCUGGAGAAUUUUAUGAGAAAUAUGAGCCAAAAGAGAUCCUGGGAAGAGGUGUGAGCAGCGUGGUCCGCCGAUGCAUUCAUAAAGUCACCAGGGAGGAAUACGCCGUGAAGAUUAUUGAUAUCACAGCUGGGAAUCUGUCACCCCAAGAAGUCCAGGAACUGAGGGAAGCCACCCAGAAGGAAAUAGACAUUCUCCGGAAGGUGUCUGGACAUCCAAACGUCAUCCAGCUGAAGGACAGUUACGAGUCUCACACUUUCUUCUUCUUGGUGUUUGACCUGAUGAAGAGAGGCGAGCUUUUUGACUACCUCACCGAGAAAGUGACCUUGAGUGAGAAGGAAACCAGGAAGAUCAUGAGGGCUCUUCUGGAAGUCAUCCAGUAUCUCCAUUCCAUGAACAUCGUCCACCGAGAUCUCAAGCCGGAGAAUAUUCUGCUGGAUGACGACAUGAACAUCAAGCUGACAGAUUUUGGCUUCUCCUGCCAGCUGCAAGGAGAUGAGAAACUGAAAGAGAUCUGUGGAACUCCUGGCUACUUGGCACCUGAAAUUCUAGAAUGUUCCAUGGACCCAGACCAUCCAGGCUAUGGGAAGGAAAUUGACAUCUGGAGCACCGGCGUGAUCAUGUACACCUUGCUGGCCGGAUCCCCUCCCUUCUGGCACCGGAAGCAGAUGCUGAUGCUACGGAUGAUUAUGAACGGGGAUUACAAAUUUGGGUCCCCAGAAUGGGACGAUCAGUCGGACACAGUCAAAGACCUGAUCACCCACUUCUUGGUGGUGAAGCCGAAGAAUCGGUACACCGUGGAGGACGCACUGGCUCACCCCUUUUUCCAGCAAUAUGUAGUGGAGGAAGUCCGCCACUUUAGCCCCUUCCGGAAAUUCCGGGUCAUCUGCCUGACUGUCCUGGCGUCCGUCCGCAUCUACCUCAACUACCGCAACGUCAAGCCGAUCACCCGGGACGUGAUGCAGCAUGACCCCUAUGGCCUGAAGCCGAUCCGGAAGCUGAUCGACGUCUGCGCCUUCCGGAUCUAUGGCCACUGGGUGAAGAAGGGAGAGGCCCAGAACCGGGCGGCUUUAUUCGAGAAUACGCCCAAAGCGAUUUUGCUCAGUUUGGCGGCUGAGGAAGAGCUUUUUUGAGUUCAGCACGUACCGAUUCUCAUACCGAUUGAGUUCAGCACGUACGGGGUGGGAAGGUAUUGAUCAUUAAAAGGCAAAACGCACUUUGCACAUCCUUAAUUCCACACCAGCACUGGACUCAGAUCACCAGAGUAGAUCUCUUUGGAAGCUCCUUUUCUGCACUGUUUAAAAUAUCAUUUAUUUAAUUUCCAAUUUCAAGCUUUGCCCAUCCUUUUAAAAAGGCAACCCACUGUUCCCCUCCCAAACCAAACCCAAAUAAUAUCUGCAAUUACUCCACAAUUGGUAAACCUUGGCCAUUAAAACCUACCCCAAAGAGCUCUUAACUCUUUGAUGGGCAAUGAUGACGUUUCAGGAUGGAAAAUCAUAUGCUUCAUGUAUAGGUUUUGCCAAAAAUUAUGCUUUGCCCAAUCCCUGUCCUGUAGCAUGGAGACCUUCAACUGGUGAAGCACCCACUGAACCCCAACCUCGCAUGUGGUUGCUCAAAAGCCCUGAAACCUCUCUCUCAGGAAGGAUUAAGUUUCCUUCAAAUGUUUUACAAUUAUCUUGUGGAACCCACCACCACAAGAUCUUAAGCCCCUAGCUUAGAUGGCUUUAAAAGGCUUUUGGACAGAUUAAGAGAGUCAGCAGGAAAGGUCUCCCUGGUUUAACAGUCCUGAUGGCUAUGUAGGGCUUCCAUGGUUAGGAGUAGUAUACCACAGAAUGCCUAUUGCAGAGGGAAAACACAGCCUAGAGUUAGUAAUGGGAUGCUGAAUUAGACUCACCUUUGUCUGAGGAGAGCUGGUCUUGUGGGAGCCAGCAUGACUUGUCCCCUUAGCUAAGCAGGGUCUGCCCUGGUUGGAUAUGAAAGGGAGACUAGAAGUGUGAGCACUGGAAGAUCUUCCCUUCAGGAGACGGAGCCACUCUGGGAAGAGCAGAAGGUUCCAAGUUCCCUCCCUGGCAGCAUCUCCGAGGCAGGGCUGCGACGGAUUCCUGCCUGCAACCUUGGAGAAGCUGCUGCCAGUCUGUGAAGACAAUACUGAGCUAGAUAGAUACAACUUUAAUGCCCAGAAACAUGGUUAGCAUUAAGAAACAUGGCUAGCAUUUGCCCAAAGGGCUUAGGAUAUUUAUUACUAUUUAUUUUUCGCUGCACACUUGAAGGUAUUCAUUUUCUAAAAUAUCAUUUUACAUAUCAAUAAACUUCCUUUAUUUAUUGGA